UGAAGGGAAGCAACUCCCCGCAGGCGGCGCGGCCCGUUAGCAGGUGAUAACGAACAAGAUGGCGCGCGGUAGGGGCUGCAGGUACCCAGGUAAAGAACCUGCGGUAUAAAAGCAUCCCCCAUGGAGGGAAAGGAGCCACGAGCCUCAUUUUCACUCCAGGGAAGCCACUUGUUUGAUGAUAAUCAUUUGUAUUAACUAGUCUUUCGAUCUCAAGUCUGGACGGGUAUCUACCCUGACUUCAUUUGCUGUAGAACCAUCUGAAUAGUUAAAUUACCUGGAAACUCAGCAAGAUGGCGGUUUUCCAGGUGAUUCUGGUGGCCUUCUUCGCUAUGAGUUGGUGGGACUGUGCUCAGAGCCUUGAGAUUGAAGUGCAGACCGACACAGAGAGCAAAUCAUUGAUUGUCAACUGUUCUUUCGACAAACCUUCAUCAACAACGAUGGCAGUGUUGGCGAUUCACAUCAUCAAACCCUCGUCCCAGGGGGAGGAAGAAAGUCAAGAUCAGGUAUCUGACGACAAAAAGAAGCCCUCUCAGUUGGAAGACGCACUGGCGACCAUAAGGAUUGGUGAGACUAAGCCCAAAGUGAAAGAUGACAGUGGAAUGGGGCGGUUCUCUGUGGAGGGAUACAUCAACUCUUCAUAUCCCUCGGCCUGUUUCUUAGAGCUCAACAUCAGCAACAUCAGCGCUGCAGACGCUGGACUGUAUCAGUGCAGAGCGGAAGUUCUGGACUCGAGCUUCUCGUUUAGGACUGACUGGGCGGAGACAAACGUCACUGUGACAGCAGCAGAAGACGAACCUCAGGAUGUCCAGUGGGUGGUGCAGAUAGCUGAGCUGCGGGACAGACUGGAGGCUGAGGAAACAGAACGAGGCUUUGCUGAAAGGAAAGGUGGAGACACUACAAAGAGAGUAUGACGAGCUGUCAGGAAGUGUUGACAGUCUGGAGAACCAAACAUCCAUCCUCAACCAAACUGUCCACGACAUCGCCGAGGGCUACAAGUCAUUGCUCCAGCUAAUCAGCGGUAAAAAGGACAUCAACAAACCUGAGAAAACAACCGUUACAACCGAAACAUCACAUGAACAGGAGCAAGCGCCCUCUGAACAAGAACAUGUGAACUCCGAAGCAGUGGAACCAGCAGCUCAAGAGAAGGAUGCUCCAUCUCAAGCAGAGGCCAACAGUUUCGUCGUCGUCCCGCCAGGUGCAAACGAAGGAGGACCAGCAACGGUUACUAGAAAGUGCUUCGUGUGUGGCGAUCCUGAGGCCAACCGUCCGUGCAACGGCGAAGAUCUGGCAGCCACCAGCGCCACUGAGUGUCCGACAGGAAAAGACUAUUGCAUGAACGAAAUUCACUCAGACGAUGGAUUCAAAUGUCAUCUACAAAAGUUGUGCCAGUAAGGAAGAGUGUGUGGACAAAGACAACUCCGAGUCGUCCUCAUGCCAUCCGUUCUUCCCCAUCUGGUUUGGAACCGCGGCGAGGCAGUGCACCUUCUGUUGCCAUGGAGACGCCUGCAACAACGAGUUCAAGCCCACCAGAGACCUUUUCAAGACUGGGGCUGAGACAAAGCCGGACACUGCCCACUGACCAGCCUCACUAAUACAACAGCGGGAUUUUGUUUAUUUUUGUUUACACUGCAACUGGCCUGAACCCCGCCCUACUACUCCCUUCUUUCUUUUCUCUGUAAUCUAUCAUCUUCAAAUCAAUUUUAUUACCGUGUUUACUAUUUCUCUUAUUACUAAUAAACUGAAAUGAUGUUCAUUAUGUAACAUUCAGAGAACACAUGACCUGUGGAACUAGUCUGGUGACCUCUCGUUCCACAGCAGGUAGUCAUAACAUUAAGUAAUACAGAGGGCUGUUUAUAAACACACUGCUGGUUCAUUCUACAUAGCAAUGGAGGUGCAGCCAGGCACUCUUCAAGUUGCUUGUGUUAGCUUUUCCUUCUUCGAAAUUUAUGGUCGUGCAGCUGAAAUUUAUUGUACUCGGCGAAAGAAAAAAGGAGGGACGAGACGCACGCAGUGGGAUAGUCUAAUCGACAAUUUCUUCUGGGUUAAUAAUAAUAAUAAUAAUAUAAUAAUAAUAAUAACAAUAACAAUAAUAAUAAUAAUAAU